AUGCCUGCCACAAGAUCGAAGCGCCGACGCGAUGGACGCUUUAACGGAUCUACUCCGUCAACUCCUUAUUCACACAUUUCCACAGACAUCGGCUCACAACCCGGAAAUCCCAAACCCAGAACAAAAACCUCUGUUGCUUCAACCCACGUCAAACAUGACGGGACCUGCAACCGGCCCAACUUCUGCCCAACGAGAGGUGAAAAGGUUGUUGCGCCUCUCACCUCCAGCCUCACUCUCCCCGAGCCUCACGAACAGCCCCCAGUCCUGCGGGACCUUCCACGCGAGUUGUGGGGCAUUAUCGGACAACACCUAUCUUCAUCGAAGGAUCUCGCAGCGCUUUGUCUUAUCAACCAGAACUCUCGAAAUGGAGCCCUCACUCACCUCUAUCGUAGGACGCUCAUCACCAACAACGAGCGGGAACUCCACAUCGUCGAGAAUUUCUGCUCCCCCGAAAAUGUUGGACUCAGAUAUAUCAGACAUCUCACCGUUGCUCCAUCGAUCCAAAAAGUUCGCCCUCCAGGUACCAAAAGCUUCAGCAAAUCUCGUGCAAAAACUCUGGAACACGAUGUCAUCACCAAGAUUCUUGCUACUGUUCCCUACAUGCCCCUUCUCCAGAGCAUCGCCCUCUGCAAUAAUUUCUAUGACUGCACCAACCUCAGAAACCAAGGUCUCAAACCUCGCAGACAAUGUUAUGUCCGCGAACUCAUCCCGCAAGGGUUCUACGAACACAGCUGCUGCUUCGGGCAUAAUUCCGAUACGUGGUUGCCACAGUAUUGGAUUUGGGGCAAACACGACAAACUCGAGUGUCUGGAAGCCGAACAGAAAGCCUUGUUCGAAUCGAAAUUGGGGUUUUGCUGGUUUGAGGGUGUGAGAGACAACCACACUUUGGCGUGGAGGAUUUGUGAUUGA